CAUUAGCUGAACCAACAAAGAUAUUUAAUUUGUUAAGAAACUUCUACCUAGUGCUAACUAAAAUUCCUAUACAACAUGUGUUUAUCAACCAUUCAAAAUAAUGGUAAUUCUUUCCCAAACCAAAUAUUUUUGCAAUAAGAAAUGACAGGAGGGAAAGAAGAAAAGAAAGAUGAGAAGGGAAAAGAUAGUAAAAAUGAAGAAAAGAAGAAAGAUGAUAUUGAAUUGAUCACUGCUAUUUACAAAUUAAAUUUGCAUUGUCAAGAAUGUGGGAACAAGAUCAAGAAACAUCUCUUAACUACUCAAGGGGUACAGGCUGUAGAAAUGAAUAUUGAGAAAGGAGAAAUUAAGGCAAAAGGGAAAUUGGACCCUUUGAAAAUCUUGAAGCUUAUAGAGAAGAAGAGCAAUAAUAAAGUUGAAUUAAUAUCACCAAAAGUGAAGCCUAAGGAGAUUAUUAUUACGGAUAAAAAGCCAAAGGAAACUAAGGAUCCAAUUGUCCGAACUAUCACGGUGAAGGUUCACAUGCAUUGUGACAAAUGUGAGGCUGACCUAAAACGUAGAUUAAUCAAGCACAAAGGGAUUUUCAAUGUUAAAACCGACAAGAAAGCUCAAAGUCUAAUAGUUGAAGGGACCAUUGAAGUGGAGAAAUUGACAUCAUUUUUGAAAAAAAGAGUGCAUAAAAAUGCAGAGGUAAUUUCCAUAAAAGAACAUAAAAGGGAAGAAAAGAAAGAGAAGGGCAAAGAAGAAGAAGAAAAGAAAGAGAAAGGCAAAGAAGAAGAAAAGAAAGACAAGGGCAAAGUAAUAGAAAUUCAUCAUGGAGGAGGAGAUACACGAGAUGAGAUUAAAAUAAAGGACAAUAAUAAUGUUCCUUAUAUUAUUCACUAUGUUUAUGCACCACAACUUUUCAGUGAUGAGAAUCCUAAUUCCUGUUCUAUUUCCUAGUUUUGGAGUUUAAGUAAACAAUAAAUAAAUUAGUCAGACAUUUAAGUAUUCUAGAUGCUUGCAUUGCAUAUAAUUUCAAAUAUAUGAUAACUAUAACAAUUUUUAUGUUCAUGUUA